AUGACUGCUGCGGUCGGGAACAGUGGCGGUGGUGUUGGUGGAGGUAGCAACAGUGGAACUCCCCUAACAACUGCACUCAACACUCCUGGGACUCCCACAAAGACCCCGGCCAUGCUCACUCGGGCCACGUCUGGGUCGGUAGCCUCACCAAGACGUUCGCAAACACCGAGCACAAGUAGCACAACAGCAGUAUCGGUUCGAGGCUGCGUUCCGGAUGUGAACAGUCCUCAGCCGGCACUGACCACGCAGUUCGCUCCCGAGCCGGAUCUGGGCGAUGCGAAUCGGUGUUCUGGCGAGAGUGAAUUGACCUGCCUCACACGACAUCUGAUUAUGUGCUUGUGUGUACUGGGAACCCAGAUUCCUUUGCUUGGUCGAAUGUCUCUUUUUAUGGCUGAGGAGUUGGAAGAGCUCCGACCAUCCGUGCAAUUGGUGUUCAGCACCCCAAGCUUGGAAGACAAUUCGCCUCAAUUGACGUUCGGUGUCCUCAUCACUUUGGCACAUUCGUUGAGCUACUUGUUCCUUAAGGUGUCUCGCUACAUUCGGACUGAUUCACCUGCCACAAAAUCGGUUUGCGAAUUGAGUGCUUUAUUGGCCCAGGCACACGAGAUGACAGUGGCCAUUAUGCUCUCUCAGGCAACUUUGAUCCUCCUGCACGAGCGAACCUCAUCGGCCGAGAAGCAGCUGCUUGUGAGAGAGCUGACCAGCGAAUUGAAAUCGUGUAAUUUACUUGGCCGCAGUUCCCGUCGUCGCCAUUCGUUGGGUCAUCGUUCCUCCCAUAGCCCGAGUAGUCGUUCGUCAAGCACAGCUCGGGCGCUUCAACGUGCCACAUCACCGCAUGUUCCCUCGACAACCACAGCACACUCCACAUCGGUAGCUGCAGCUGCAGCUGCUGACCUACACUCGGUGGGCACCAAACUAACCGGGCCGGACCUGGGCGGGUUCGGGUUCGAACAAGCGAUUGACCGGUUUUCCGAACUUCUCCGUUUGUCCAUAUAG